AUGAGAACACAUCCUCUUGGUAUCAUAUGCCUUGCCUUUAGCUUGGAAAAAACCUUCCAGAUUGCUACCGAUUUUUCUCUAAUUACUCAUGCGGAUCCGCGAUGCAUUCUGGCAUGUUGCAUUUCCACCGGGCUGAUUCGUGGGAUAUUAAGAGGAGAAAUAUUGGACGAAAAGGGCUUGGAUACUCUUCUAGAGGACGCCUAUACGUGGGUCGACUCAUGGGUCCGGGACGUUCGGCUGCCCAAGGAUGACGCACAAAAGGAGACUGACAGUGACAUAUACGAGCCUGACGCUCGGGAGUUCCUUGACAGAGAAGAGUUUGACCAGCAUGCCUACGCAAAGACCUUUUCUGAUCUACUCCUUGACGCUUCAUACAAAAUCGGGUACGUGUAUAAGUGCCUGGGAACAGCAAUAUUGAGUCUUCGAAUGGGCAUGCAAAAAUCACCCCAUGGCAGUACUCCAGGAACUGGAUCACCUCCCCCUCUCACCAAUUCAGCUAUUUUCGAGAACAUUAUCACAGAGCUUACAUAUGAGGCAGGGGACGCAGAUACCAAUGCAUGUGCUGCUGGUGCACUUCUUGGGUCCUGGCUUGGGUAUAACUCUCUUCCCUCUCACUGGAGAGAUGGUAUGGAUAACAAUGACUGGCUGAUGCAAAAGUGUAACUCCCUCAUCCAGGUUAUAGGGGUUGGAGAUGACGGUGCUACACCAUAUGAUGGGAAAUUAGAUGCUGAUACCUCGCCUGAUGGGGGUAAAGGGCUAAUGAAUAAAGAAGAGCUGGAGAAAAGGGAUAGCGACAUGAUAGUUAAAUACAUGACUCGCCAUGCAGAAGGAGUUGCGGAGGAGAAAGCUCGACUAAAGGCGGAGGAAAAGCAGAAGAAAGGAUGGAAAAGUUUCUUGGGGUAA